AUCACGCUUUGAUUUAUUAACACGUGCUAAUAGUUUUGUUUUCAUUAAAAAAAUCACGAGACACUUUAUUAUCUUUAACCGUUUCAUUUUUCUGCGAAUGACAUGUUGAAAGAAAAAGAGAUAUUUUGACGCAUGUAUUUUUUCAACCCUCCCUUGACAUUUAUACAAACUUUAAUGUAGAUGCGUUUGGUUGCUGAAAUUUUCUAUUCUGAGUAAUGGGUACUUCGCCAAAAAGUGACAGUGUAUUCGACCAAUUUGAUUCAGUUUUUGAUCUUCAGCCUUUGUUUUUAAACAAGUGCAUUAGGUAUGGAUGCUUUUAAAAAAGGUUGGUUUACAGAAACAGGCACUUUAAAUGGAGAUCAAGCAUUGUCAAUGGAAGUUGAAAAAGUUUUGUAUCAUGAAAAAUCAAAGUAUCAAGAUAUUCUAGUCUUAAAAAGCAAGAGAUUUGGCAGAACUCUUAUUUUAGAUAAUGCUAUUCAAUGUUCAGAAAGGGAUGAAUUUUCAUAUCAAGAAAUGAUCACAUUCUUACCUUUGAAUUCACAUCCAGAUCCCAAAAAGGUUUUAAUUAUUGGCGGGGGAGAUGGAGGUGCAGUUAGAGAAGCUGUUAAGCAUCCAUCUGUUGAAUCUGUUACUCUUUGUGAAAUUGAUGAGAAAGUUAUUGAAGUUUCUAAAAAGUUCCUACCUUUUAUGGCAAAAGGAUUUGAAAGUCCCAAGCUCUCUCUUCAUGUUGGUGAUGGCAUUGAAUUUGUGAAAAACCACAGGGAAGAGUUCGAUGUUAUAAUCACUGAUUCAUCAGAUCCAAAAGGCCCAGCUGUUGGUCUGUUCCAGAAGCCAUACUAUGAAUCAAUAAAACAGGCUCUUAAGCCUGGUGGUAUUGCUUGUUCUCAAGGCGAAUCAUUUUGGUUUGAUCUUGGAAUGAUGAGGGAAAUUGUAGACAUAUGCAAAAGUUUGUUUCCGGUGGUGGAUUAUGCUUCAUCAUAUGUUCCAACAUAUCCAGGUGGACAGAUUGGUUAUGUGCUUUAUAGUAAGAACCCAGAAACAAACUUUAGGAAUCCACUCAUUAAAUUUACCCUAAAUAAGUUAAAAGAACUCAAUUUAAGGUACUACACACCUGAUGUUCAUCGUGCUGCAUUUGCUCUUCCUUUAUUUGUAGCAGAGGAACUGGGAUUAGACUGGCGAGUUAAUUUUUGAAUCCCAGAAGACUAUUUGAAAAUCACCUGGAAAUAAUUAAAAAAUCAAAAUUUAGUAUUUUUUACCUUUUACAGCUCUACUGUAUUGCUUUUUAUAAAUGUACAUGUUAUAAACAUGCGAAUUCAUUUUACUCAAAUUAGAAAAUUAUUAGUUGUAAAUAUUUCUAACUGUAAUAUCAGCCACAACUAUAACUUAUAAAAACUGAUAUUUUUAUAACACAAUAUUUUUUUUAUACUCAAUAUUUUAAAGUGGUUUUCAUGUUAUCGUAUUAAGUAUUCACUUAGAAUGUUUUUAAAUUGUUGAUUCUUCGCAAAAAAAAAAGUCUCUAACUUUGUUUGAAUAACUUUUUUGUCAUGCUUUUGAGGGGAGGGGAAGUAGCAAUUUGAAAUGAGAGUUAUAUUUUUGUAAAAUAAUACAUUAGAUAAUAUGCUCAUGUGUAACUAGGGACCAAACAUAAACUGAAUUUGCAGUUUGAAUGGAAAUAACCUUAACAGCUUGUAGUUCUAGAAAAGGUUGAUACAAUGUGUAAAUUUGCUCAAUGAAUCUGUGCCAUGAUUUUUACUGAAAAAACUAUCUUAAUAUCUUGUUAAGUAAUUAAUUUAAAUAUACUAAUGCAUUAGAGAAGUUUUUUUUGCACACAAAUGGUAAACAUUUAUUUUUCGUUCAAAAAUAAUGAUUAAAAUCAUUUGUUUCUAGCUAUUUUGUUCAGUGCCAAGUAACAUCAGUAACUAUUUACACUAAAAAGUGCUUUGAAUUGUGAUAACUGGUUUAAUACAUUGAAUUAUAGCUACACUAAAUUAAGUCAUUUAAAAAAUAAAUUUUUAAUUGCGAUAAUCAGUUUUGAGUACUUGCCUUUUGUAUUGUGUAAUGAAUUUUACAAAGUAUAAAAUUAAGUUCAGGGAUAUUUUUUUUCUUGGUGGUAAAAAUAUUUUAUAUUUUACCUCAAAUUCAAAGUGUUUUAUAAAAUAUAGUUACUACAGAAUCAAAUAGCAUAAUAUGAACUUUUUACCAUUGUUUUCUCUGUAAAUCAAAAUGUAUCAAA